CCGUAGACCUUUGGGUGCAUCUACAACGCGCGGCGGCAAACAGCGGCACUCGCACUCCGGCUUGUCGUAGAACAGGGCGGGCUGCCCUAGUCGAAGCAGGGUACGGAAAGCCCACGCUGGGAAAAGUUCUCUGCUCGACAUGCCGUCUGAUGCACACUAUGGCAUUUUCCACAGUGCCGGCCCUCCGGAGACGCUGUAUCGAAGCAGCGAAAGCAGUUACAGCAGCGCUGCCCGCUUCGGCUCGCAGCAGCCCUCGUCGCGCACGCGCAGCAUCCCGUCAGGGGGAGCGUUCGGGUCGGACCUCGCGCUGAACAACACCUUCCAGUUCCCCCCGACGUUCAUGGACAUUGAGCGGUACAACCGCGAUAAAGAGGAGCGCACGGAGGAGGAGGAGCGCCUCGGCUAUGACCCAGCAUCGCGUCGUUGGCGGCCGACGCUGGAGAACGACAGUGAGUGCCCACCCGCAAGGGUCCCCUCAGAUCUGCCUUCAGCGCCAACACCAUCCAAAUAUGACCACUUCCCAUCUGUAGAUGUCUCUGCGCCGGAGCACCUGAUUCUGCCUACGACAGACGAAGACGGUGAGCAGCUACCAAACGAGUACCACAUCUCCUACCCCUUCGGCAACCUGUACGCACCGGCACGCACCGCUGCGCCGUACGCGUCGCAGCCAAAGCUAUCGCCGCGGCUGCACAUGAAUAUGGCUCUGGCAAACAGCGCGAACGCAAGCAAGGCGCAGGGCAACAAGUCCGCCGCCGCUGCUGCUGCAGGCCCCAAACCAGCUGCAGCAGAUGCCACGCACGGCGGCGGCGGUGCGCUCGAUGGCCUUCCUGCGCACAUCACUUUGCGCGCCAAGACGCAGCAGAUUCCACGCGUGCCGGACUGGCCCUUUGUCAAGUUCGGCCCAGGCAAAGGUGGGCACAAUGCUCUGCUGCGCGCACAGCUGCAGCAUCCCGCGCCGGCCUACCGCGAGGUCUGGGCGGAUCUGGCGUUCGAUCGGCUGUAUCCGCAAGGCUAUCACCACCAUGGGAGCGGCGCCGCCGCCGCCGCCGCCAUACAUGCAGAUGCGGACGCCGACCCGCUCCGUGAAGGCGUGGGCAACAGCGCAGGCCUACCGACGGAGCGGGAGAAGCUACCGCCUUCUUUUGCUACAUUCCUCCACACGCUCGGGCCGCAGGGUGAAGACCAGUUCCCGACGGGCAUGUCAGGCGCGUUUGCGCACUGGAUGGCCGAGGCGGAGGAGCAGACAACGCACGACGAUGUGCAACAUGAAGACGAUGGUGAUGGCGCCGACGAGGGAGGAGGCGCGGUGCGGACUGCUGCGAGCCUUGAGGUAGACGCCAUCGCCGAGUGGCUCGCGGCCGAGCGCGAAGAGACGACCUGGCGGCCUGGUGCGCCGGCAGCCAAGCGCUUCCAGUGGGGCCACGGGUGGGUGGCGGAGUAGCAUGCUCCGCGGGCAGAUGUUUCAGAAGCGUUUCUACACUUGCGUUGUUCAGCUGCAUUCAUGCACAUCCAUGUAUUGUACACGCAUUCGCCAUGUUGUAAUCAUAGAUAGACUCACUACAUUAUCAGAUAUAUAUAUAUAUAUUCACGCCGAGUGGAGCAGCGAUGAGCGACGCAAAGGAAGGAAUCUCAUGCGCACCAGGCA